CCGCCAGCCCAAGCACAUUUACCUAGCUAAAUAGACACCCAGUAAAAAAAUAAAAUUGUGGAGGCCAUUCACGGAUGGCCCGCUACCGCCGCCCGCCGCUCAUCCCCUCCAUGGCGAUUGAGUCGGCCGCCCCCCCCAAGAAGCUGCGUGUCCUGUUCAUCCCCUUCUUCGCGACCAGCCACAUCGAGCCCUUCACCCACUUCGCCAUUCGCCUCGCCGCGGCAGCUACCCCCGACGUCGCCGUGGAGGCAACAGUCGCGGUCACGCCGGCGAACGUCUCGAUCGUGCAGUCCUUGCUCGACCGACACUACGGCAGCGCGCACAAUGCAGCAGCAGACGAGGGCGCCAUCCCCGUCAGGAUCGCGACGUAUCCGUUCCCGGCCGUGGAGGGCCUCCCGAGGGGCGUCGAGAACCUUGGCCAGGCCGCGCCGGCCGACUCGUGGCGCAUCGACGUCGCCGCCUUCAGCGACGCCCUCACGCGCCCCGCGCAGGAGGCCCUGGUCAGGGCGCAGUGCCCCGACGCGCUCGUCACCGACGUGCACUUCGCGUGGAACGUCGGGAUCGCCGGCGACCUCGGCGUGCCGUGCGUCACGUUCAAGGUCACCGGCGCCUUCUCGUCGAUCGCCAUGCGCCACCUCGCGCUCCUGGCGGACGUCGCGAACGCCGACCCCGACGUCGCCGUGGUCCCUCGGUUCCCGGGCCCUCCCGUACGGAUCCCGAGGACCGAGCUGCCUGAGUUCCUCAGGAAGAAGCAGGAGGUCGACUACUCCAAGACCAACACCUUCUACGCGGCGCAGGCCGCCUGCUUCGGCGUCGCCGCCAACACGCUGCCGGACCUGGAGCGGCCGUACUGCGACGUGCACAUCGGCGGAGGCCACGUGAAGCGCGCCUACUUCAUAGGCCCAGUCUCGCUGCGACCGCCACCGGCGGCGACCGGCCGCGGCGAGUCCGAGUCGUCGCAGCGCUGCAUCGGUUGGCUCGACUCGAAGCCUGACCGCUCGGUGGUGUACCUGUGCUUCGGCAGCUUCGCCCCCGUGUCGGACGCGCAGCUGCAGGAGCUCGCGCUCGGGCUGGAGGCGUCUGGGGAGUCGUUCCUGUGGGUGCUGAGGUCGGAGACGUGGACUGCUCCGGUGGGGUGGGAGGAGCGCGUCGCGGACAGGGGGAUGCUCGUCACGGCCUGGGCGCCACAGACGGCCAUACUGGGCCACCGCGCGGUGGGCGCCUUCGUCACGCACUGCGGCUGGAACUCGGUGCUGGAGACGGUGGCCGCCGGCGUGCCGGUGCUGACGUGGCCCAUGGUGUUCGAGCAGUUCAUCACCGAGAGGCUGCUCACCGACGUACUCGGCAUCGGGGAGAGGCUGUGGCCGCACGGCGCCGGCGGCGUACGGAGCACGCGUUACGUAGAAAACGAGCUAGUCCCUGCCGGAGAUGUGGCACGGGCGCUGACGGCGUUCAUGCUCCCCGGAGGAUCAGGGGACGCGGCCAGGAACAGGGUCACGGAUCUCGCCGCCAAGGUUCACGCGGCCACGGCGGAGGGAGGCUCCUCACACCGUGAUCUGCGCCGUCUCGUCGAUGAUCUCGUGGAGGCGACAUGUGCUGCUGCUGCUGCAGUGACGAAAUCAGUUCAGGACUAG